CCGGGGGAGGGGUCGGAAGUGGCGGCGGGCCCGGGGCUGCGAACUUUGGUCGCGGUCGGGUGGGCCUCGCUGAGCAGUCGGUCCGGCGCCCUGUGACGCCGCUAUUGCGAGCGGCCGCUGCCAUGUCGUCGGUGAGCCCCAUCCAGAUCCCGAGGCGCCUCCCGCUGCUGCUCACCCACGAGGGCGUUCUGCUGCCGGGCUCCACCAUGCGCACUAGCGUGGACUCGGCCCGCAACCUGCAGCUGGUGCGGAGCCGCCUGCUCAAGGGCACGUCGCUGCAGAGCACCAUCCUGGGCGUCAUUCCCAACACCCCCGACCCGGCCAGCGACGCGCAGGACCUGCCGCCGCUGCACAGGAUUGGGACCGCUGCACUGGCAGUUCAGGUUGUGGGCAGUAACUGGCCCAAGCCCCACUAUACUUUACUGAUUACAGGCCUGUGCCGUUUCCAGAUUGUACAGGUCUUGAAAGAGAAGCCAUAUCCUGUUGCUGAAGUGGAACAGUUGGACCGACUCGAGGAAUUUUCCAGCACCUAUAAAACUAGGGAGGAGCUAGGAGAGCUGUCAGAACAGUUUUACAAAUAUGCAGUACAACUGGUUGAAAUGUUGGAUAUGUCUGUCCCCGCAGUUGCUAAAUUGAGACGUCUUUUAGACAGUCUUCCAAGGGAAGCUUUACCAGAUAUUCUGACAUCAAUUAUCCGAACAAGCAACAAAGAGAAACUCCAGAUUUUAGAUGCUGUGAGUCUGGAGGAACGGUUCAAGAUGACCAUACCACUGCUUGUCAGACAAAUUGAAGGCCUGAAAUUGCUUCAAAACACCAGAAAACACAAGCAAGAUGAUGAUAAGCGGGUUAUAGCAAUACGCCCUAUUAGGAGGAUUACACACAUUCCAGGCAGUUUAGAAGAUGAGGAUGAGGAGGAAGAUAAUGAUGACAUUGUCAUGCUAGAGAAAAAAAUACGAACAUCCAGUAUGCCAGAGCAGGCUCAUAAAGUCUGUGUCAAAGAGAUAAAAAGACUCAAAAAAAUGCCUCAGUCAAUGCCAGAAUAUGCUCUGACUAGAAAUUACCUAGAACUUAUGGUGGAGCUUCCUUGGAACAAAAGUACAACUGACCGCCUGGACAUUCGAGCAGCCCGUAUUCUUCUGGAUAAUGACCAUUAUGCCAUGGAAAAAUUGAAGAAAAGAGUGCUGGAAUACUUGGCUGUCAGGCAACUGAAAAACAAUCUGAAGGGCCCCAUUCUGUGCUUCGUUGGCCCUCCUGGAGUUGGUAAAACAAGUGUGGGAAGAUCAGUGGCCAAGACUCUAGGUCGAGAGUUCCACAGGAUUGCACUUGGAGGAGUGUGUGAUCAGUCUGACAUUCGAGGACACAGGCGCACCUAUGUUGGCAGUAUGCCUGGACGUAUAAUCAAUGGCUUGAAGACAGUUGGGGUUAACAAUCCAGUGUUCCUAUUGGAUGAGGUUGACAAACUAGGAAAAAGUCUACAAGGUGAUCCUGCAGCAGCUCUGCUUGAGGUGUUGGAUCCUGAACAAAACCAUAACUUCACAGAUCAUUAUCUAAAUGUGGCCUUUGACCUUUCACAAGUUCUGUUUAUAGCCACUGCCAACACUACUGCUACCAUUCCACCGGCCUUGUUGGACAGAAUGGAGAUCAUCCAGGUCCCAGGGUAUACACAAGAGGAGAAAAUAGAGAUUGCUCACAGGCAUUUGAUCCCAAAGCAAUUGGAACAGCAUGGGCUGACUCCUCAGCAGAUUCAGAUCCCUCAGGUUACUACUCUUGACAUUAUCACCAGGUAUACCAGAGAGGCAGGGGUUCGCUCUCUGGAUAGGAAGUUUGGGGCCAUUUGCCGAGCUGUUGCUGUAAAGGUAGCAGAAGGACAACACAAAGAAGCCAGAUUGGAUCGUUCCGAUGUGACUGAGGGAGAAGGUUGCAGAGAACACAUCUUAGAAGAUUCAAAACCUGAAUCUAUUGAUGAUACUGCUGACUUGGCCCUACCACCUGAAAUGCCAAUUUUGAUUGAUUUCCAUGCCUUGAAAGACAUCCUUGGGCCCCCGAUGUAUGAAAUGGAGGUGUCUGAGCGUUUGAGUCAACCCGGAGUGGCAAUAGGUUUGGCUUGGACUCCCUUAGGUGGAGAAAUCAUGUUCGUGGAGGCAAGUCGAAUGGAUGGUGAGGGUCAGUUAACUCUGACUGGCCAACUAGGAGAUGUCAUGAAGGAAUCUGCCCAUCUCGCUAUUAGCUGGCUCCGCAGCAAUGCAAAGAAAUACCAUCUGACUAAUGCUUCUGGAAGUUUUGAUCUUCUUGACAACACAGACAUCCAUCUGCACUUCCCAGCUGGAGCUGUCACAAAAGAUGGACCAUCUGCUGGAGUUACCAUAGUAACCUGUCUCGCCUCACUUUUUAGUGGGCGGCUGGUACGUUCAGAUGUAGCCAUGACUGGAGAAAUUACACUGAGAGGUCUUGUUCUUCCAGUGGGUGGAAUUAAAGACAAAGUGCUGGCAGCACACAGAGCAGGAUUGAAGCGAAUCAUUAUUCCUCAGAGGAAUGAAAAAGACCUUGAAGAAAUCCCCGGCAACGUACGACAGGAUUUAAGUUUUGUCACAGCAAGCUGCCUCGAUGAAGUUCUUAAUGCAGCUUUUGAUGGUGGCUUUACUGUCAAGACCAGACCUGGUCUCUUAAAUAGCAAAUUGUAGACCCAAAUCUCAACUCCCAUAACUUCAGGUUAUGAGUGCCAAAAGGUACUGGCAAGAUUGAUUUUAUUCACACCGAUAGAGUAAGCAAAAUGUCUCUAAUUUGUGAACAUAAUCAAAACAGUAACAAAUUUCACUCAGGUGGUGGCUAGUGUUUAUUACAGAAAUGUUAAUAAAUUGAUAAAAAUUGAAUUCUUAUCUUUGGUGGGCUCGUUACUGCCCCUGGAAGGGCAGAGAACAGUAUCUCAGUGGGGUCCCCAGAACAGAAGCAUCUGUGCUGAGAACUUGUUAGAAAUGUAAAUUCUCAAGACCCACCAGCUGACCUUCCGGAGGCCCGGAAAUCUGCUUUAAGAAGCCCUCCAGGUGACUGAUGCCGUAUCAAGGUCAAGAACCACUGAACUAGACCAUUACUAGCAGAUUCACAUUUGGACUCUAUUGGCUCCUGAGAACAAUCACUUAGAAGGGAAACUGGACGAAGAUGUAAAUAUCACCAACUGUUAGUGUUGGUGGGAAAUAAAAUAUUCAAGUGAAGCAAACAGAUGAAGCCUGCACUUCCCAGGACAGGUCCUUUCUUACAUAAGGAAGAAACACUCAGUGCUUUUUUUGGGCAGUGGUAUGUGUUAGCACACAUCACAGAAAGAGUGCUGACCUAGCCAGCCUGGGGUGGUGGUUACGCUUGAUAUCCUAACUGGUGCCACUUCCUCCCAUUUGCCUAUGCCAGUUCCCAGAUCUGGUAGACUUUCCAUGCCUCUCUUCUCCCGUGACUUAGUCCACAGUGUUGCUAACUAUGAAGUCAGGUUCUUCUGCUCAACUGCUUGAGACUUUUGUAUCUUAAUUUUCUUUCCCUAUGAAGUACAAAUGGAGUUAAGUCAGUGUUAUUGUGAAGACUGUUAGAUUGCAACAUAAUAUUGAGUGGUACCUAAUUAUCCCAGGCAGUAAUGGACUUCAGAAUCUUGUAUUACAAAAUACCAGAACAGGUAUGUAAAGAUAUUUUGGAAUGUCUUGGAUAAGAAUGGCAUUUGCUAGUUACCCAUAUACUGUGCUCAGAUGUAAAAAAACACUGAAUGUGUUUUGGGAGAUCUGGGGCUUGUUAAGACCAAUGGGAAAGAGCGAGCAUCGAGACAUCUGAGAACAUUUCAUUGACUACUUUAUUGUGAUUUUAUCAUUUCUGUUCUGUCAUCUUACAGGGGAGGAAAAGAAACUAUGAUAAUUCAUUUUCAGCAACCAGAGGGACCUAAUCCACAGCCAGAUUGCUCUGCUUGUUCCACCCAGCAGGGGCUAUAAGGCUGGCUUUACAAAGUGGGACUUAACCUAUACUCCUUCUCAAGAGCCCUAAACAUGCAGCCUCCUGUCUCGUAAGCAAGUGUAUAAUCAGGGACACUACAUUCAUUGUUGUGCAGCCAUCCCCACUGUCUGUAUCUACAACUGUUCAUUUUUAACUGAACUCAGUACCCACUUAACAGUAAUUCCUCAUUCUUUCACCCCCAAUACCCUGGUAACCACCAUUUUACUUUGUGACUUGGCCUAAUCUAAGUAACCUUAUAUAAAUGAACUCAUACAUUUGUCCUUUUGUGUCUGGCAUAUUUGCUUAGCACGUCCUAGGAGUUUACCCAUAUUGCAGCAUGUAUCAUUUUUGUUUAUGACUCAUACUCCAGUUUCCACAUACAUCAUUGGUUGGUGGACAUUUGGGUUGUCCACCUCUUAGCUAUUGUGAAUAGUUCUGUGAACAUGCAUGUACAACUAUCUCUUCAAGCCCCUGCUUUUACAGUUCUUUUGGGUAUACACCCGUAAGUAGAAUUGUUGGAUCACGUGAUUAAUUCUAUGCUUAACUUUGUGAGGAAUCACCAAACUGUUUUCCACCAUGGCUGCACCAUUUGACAUUCCCACCAGCAAUGCACAAAGGCUACAAUUUCUCCACAUCCUAGCCAGCAGUUUAAUAGCCAUCCUAAUGGGUGUGAAGUAGCAUCUCUCCAUCUUGAGUUGCAUUUCCCUUAUGACUAGUAAUAAGUAUCUUUUUCUAGAAUUGUUUUUUAAAAUGUUAUCCAAAGACCCCUAAUGUCACAGUCAGCUGACAUUAGGAUGGUUUUUUUUAUUGAAAAUGUUGAUGGCUCAAAUUCCAAUUCAGUGGACCAGGAGGUGAGGCCUUGGGAUCUGUGUAUUUAACCAGUAUUUUAUAUGCUUUUUAUGUAUGGGCUUUUAAGGCUCUUCAAGUAUUAAAAGUAAACAAGGGUUUAGGAGUAUUGGUAAUCAAGAAAUUCUGUACUACUUGAGGUAGGGUUUUUACUUAGCUCUGCCUCUUCUGUUAAACCUUAAAAUGAACUGUUUGUCAGAGGCAAAGAUUUAUCACUGUGAAAGUGCCUUUAUAGUGAAAAAAUGCCAUCUAAAAGCAAUCAGUACUGAAAUAGUCAACAGAUUUAUAAAUCUGUGACCAUAGUUAAGGUCUCCUCAUCAUGUGAGUGGUGUUUAAAGGAUACUUAGCCUGAAUUUUUUUUAAAUAAGGGAGUGAAACACAAAGUAAAUAUGCUGAGUGAAACACAAAGGUAUCUUUUUCCCUUAACCGUCAAUCAAGAUUCACAUUCUGGUCAUAACACAGAUCCUCUUCAUUGAGAGUGGAUUUGCAAACAGGUUUCAUUUCCAGUGCCAUCUCUGAGUGGUAGUGGUGCUGAAAUGCAGAGAACUCCGAUUCCUAUCUUCUGGACAUUGCCCAGUGAUGGCUAUUCCCCAUGCUAGGUGACUGGUCUGCAUUUAAACCUUACCAAGUGAACCAUGUUGUGAAGUAACUAACUGGAGUGGGCUGACUCCUUUUUUUCCUUUUAUGAACCACUAUAAUGAGGUAAACCAUCCUAAAAUUAAGGAACUUGCCACUGAGCCACGACGAAUGUUAAUUUUGCCAAUUCUCUCCAAAUCCAAAAUUUUUUUUGACUGGGAUGGUUAUAUUCAAACAUCAAGAAGUUUUGUUUUUUUAAUGAAGUAACAUGUUCAAACUCCCCAUAUUUUGGCAGAAAUGAGUUGUAUUUCAGCACCUUUCCUCAUGAAAAUUUGUCUAGCAGCUUAAAAAAUUGACUACAGAAGUGCAGUCAUUAUCCAGUUUGAUAAUUUAUGAUCCAAUGCUAUCCUCCUUUACUUUGUUUUACUAACAUUUAGGAGAUACAAUGAAAACUGCACUACUACUAAAAAAAAAUUUCUUAAGCACCAAAAUGGGAAAUAUUAAAAGGAUCUGAAUAGACAGUACACAAAUCCAGUGAAUGACCACUGAAACGUUUUAAAACAGCUAUAUCAAAAGUUUUAAUUCUAGGAAAAGCUUUAUUUACUAUAAAAAUUCACUUAUUUGGAACACCAAAAAAAGGGCAGGGAAAUUAAUAGGAGAAAGAAGAAUAUUCUAUGACUUAAGAACAAAAAUCUCAAAUGGACCAAGAAAUACAAAGCUACAGAUCCCAUCCCUGUAGGCCAAAAAUAUGAUGACAGCUUUUAGAAGAAAUGUAUUAAAAUGUCAACCUUAUUAGCCAUCACACAAAAUUUACUAUCUAAAUUUGCAUAAAUUAGCAAAACAGGUUACAAUGAAAUGGAAAAUCCUUCACACUUCCCGGUAAGUAUCCACUGAAACCUCUCCAGAAAGCAGUUUUAAAAGUAUCACAACCUUUAAAAAAAAAA